AUGGAAGCGUUCAUGCUUGUCGCCGACGACGGGCUGCCUUUCGAGCCUCUGGCCUCGGAGGUGCCUGUAUGCGACCUCUACCUAGGUCACAACUCCAUCUUCCACGAAACGCUCGAAAACCUUUGGGGAAGCGGCAUUACGCGCGUAUCGCUGGUGGUAGAAAAAAACAAGGAGAGCCUAUACAAAAAGUACGAGCGGAAGUACCAAUUCGGACGUCGACAAGGCCACGUCGACGUCGCCGUGCUCGCGCUCAAUGUGGACAAGGUUCUCCCGGGAAACGUGAUACGGGAGCUCACGGCAGUGCUGGGUGGGCUGGAAGACUUCGUCAUGCUAUACUGGAACACGCUGCUGACGAUACCGCUCUUCGACGCGCUGGAGCUGCAUCAAUCCAGGACAAAGGAACGCCAGCGCUACUCCAUGAGUGUGCUGUACUUCGAAGAUGACCGCCAGAAGAGGUUCAGCAAGCUCGUCGACGACUGCAUGAUCAUCCUCAACGCUCAGUCUGAGAUUUUGGCCUACGGACCGGGUGCUGACGACCUGGAGAUCAAUAAGGAGUGGCUGCGGAGAUGCGGCAACAGCACGCAAUUUUCGCUUAGAUACGACCUCUGCAGGACUGGCAUAUACAUCUGCAAUAAACAGGUGGCCGAGCAUUUCGGCAACUGGUACGAACACCAGGAGAUGGACGAGUACAUCGUGGACUGCCUGAACAGGGAGUUCAAAACCGACGAAGUGUACGCCACUAUCCUCAAGGCCGACAUCAUGUUCCCGACGUACCCCCCGGCAAUCAGAAUCGAGACACCCAAGGACUACCACACCGUUUUCAUGGAGUACAUCAAGAGGUUCGAGGGAGACGAGGCGCCGUCGCAAAAGCUCACGGCUACCCACAAUCCGCAGUGUGGGCCUCUGGUUCAUGAGGGGGUUGUGGUCAGCAAAAACAACAUCGUGGGGAAGAACGUCAAGGUGGGAGAGGGGUCAGACAUCAGCCGCUGCAUCAUCUUCGACGAUGUGACCAUAGGCGCUGAAUGCUCAAUACAUGACUCCAUCAUCAUGAACGGGGUUGUCAUCGAGGAUGCCACCGUCAUCCCCUCUGGGUCGAUCGUCUGCUCCAACGCCAAUGUCACACGCGACAUGGUUAAAGGACUGACGCACGGCCUCAGAGCAUCCAAAAUGCCGACGAGGUACAUAGACCUUACGACGCCAGAGGGGGAGCGGCAGUCACUGCUGGAACAAGGCGACGGCGUCCACGUAUGGCCCGUGCACGCCUUCGGCAAACUUGAGGACACCUACAUCGGCAAGUCGUUCUACGACUUGGUUGAUUUCAAGGUCCCAUCGCAGCAAUCCACUGCCCUGGGAAGUGAUGACGAAUCGAACGAUGAGGAGGAUGAACGGGAGGGAUCGAGACGACGGUCGGACGAUCUUGACUCUGAUGACGAGGCGUCGCUCAGCGACAGCGAAUCGUCCGAUAUCUACGACGAGACCACGAACCCUCAAAAGCUGAUGAAGGACGACGUCGCAGAGGAGUUCAAAACACUGAUUGUAGAGUGCCUGGAAGCGCCCUCGCAACUCCCGAACAAGGUACUCGAAAUCAAGAGCCUCAAAAUCAGCCAUAACCUGAAAAAGGCCGACAUGGUCAAGGCCACCCUGAUAUAUGCGCUCGAAUGGGUGGUCGAGCGCGCCAGCGACGAAGGGCAGCUCCAGGGACUCAUCGAGGCGGCACAACUCAAGGAAUUACUGGACACAUUCGAGCACGAAAUGGACGAACUGGACCACUACGACGACAUUUUUAGGGCGUGCUCAGAAAAGCAAAAGGACGUGGAGUUUUUCUCGUACCUUUGCGAGGCACUGUACCACUCAGACAUCAUGGAAUUCGAGAUGCUGCACGACUGGCUAACCAGGAACGGAAUAUCCGGGUCACGCAUAAACUCCUUCGCCCAGUGGCUGGCGGAAGAAUAA